AGUCAGAAAGAAAAGAGAGAGAGAGAGAAAGUAUUUUUUUUUUGGACACAAAAAAUGAGAAACUCAAAAGAAAACCAGCUUUGAUGUUGUGUUCGAAUUCCAACAACAGCACCCAAAAACGACAACUUCGACUUCAACACUUGAAACAAGUUUUCUUUUUCACCCCCAUUUUCCGCUCCAACUCUCAAUACACUCUUCAAACUCCAAACACCCCUUAACCUCUCUCUCUCUUAUAUUCUUUGUUCACCAAACACAACGCCCUUGUGACCUGUCUCUGUCUCUGCGUUUUCAGUACGCUUAGAUCCUGCUCUAUUGUUUUCUGAACCCACCCUUCUGCUCCUGCUUUCAAUUCCAUGGCCAGCACUUGAUCAUGGGGUCCAUCAAGAUUUCUUCUUCAAUGCACUCUAACUCAAUCACCUCUCUUUUAUAAUCAUAAUCAUAUCCAACUCUAUUUGCAAGCUAGGGAUUUUAAGAUUUUUUAUUUUCCAUUGCCACCCCUUCUCUCUCGGAAAAUGGAAUCCGGUGGGCCUGAAUCCGCAAGCCCCAUGACCCACAGGGUUCAGUCUCUGUCUUCCGCAGAUACAAGAGGGAAACAUAGGAUACAUGCUGAACUCAAACGCUUGGAGCAAGAAGCACGAUUCUUAGAGGAAGAGCUGGAACAACUUGAAAGGAUGGAGAAAGCAUCUACAUCGUGCAAAAUAAUGCUCAUCAAUGUGGAAACAAAACCUGAUCCAUUACUACCAUCAUCAGUUGGUCCCCUAAGUCCUACAUGGGAUCGGUGGUUUGAAGGCCCCCAAGAUUCUAAAAGCUGCUGUAGAUGCUGGAUUCUCUGAUGAUGAUCAAUGCUAAUUGCCAACCCCGCUCCCUUCCCCCCCUUUCUAAUCCAUGAUUGGUCUAGAAAUUGAGAUUUGAAACAAUAUUGUUAUUGGCAAAUUUUCAUGCAUGCUCCCAUGUGCGGAUGACAAUUAUAGAAAAUACAUAGUUUUUAUGUUUCAGAUGACAGCUUAAUUGCUUAGACGAUAAUUACCAACCCAUGAUGACAGUAUAUAUGUAUAUAUAAUUUUUUUUCA